GACGGGUAGGCUCCGCCCUCGUGUCUGGUGUGACGUACAGGCCACGCCCCCUUCUCCUUAUUGUGACGCUGCUGGGUCCUGCUGCUUAGUCACGGUGACUGCUCAGAGUAUGGCGGGGGCGGAGGAGCGCGGCGCUCGGAGACGGUAUCAAACGAAGAAUGAACUAGGCGGUGACCUCUCGGACUUUCCAUAGCGGGAUUUUGCAGCACCAUAAGUGGAGUUUUGCUAUGUAAGAUCGAUGUUCUUGGCUUUCAGAAUUGCUCUGGGGAAUGAUAACCUGGACACGAUGGAGUAACUUAUCAUUUUGGGUAAAACAUUUUUUUUGCGUUUAACCUUUUUUUUUUUUUUAACCGGGAUUGCUCUACUUUUAUCUCGUCCCCUGGAUAAUGCGCAACUGAAGAGCAGCGUGACGGGGAUGUAUGCCACAGAGUGCCAGGCUGAAGUGACUCCCUCACACAGCAAUGGCAAUCGCCAGUUUCAUUACUCGCUGGCGGAUCAUACCAAACAGGCUUUCCAGAUCAUGAAUGAGCUGAGGCUGGAGAAUCAGCUGUGUGACGUGACGCUGCGGGUCAAGUACCAUGAGAUACAAGCGGAUUUUGUGGCUCAUAAAAUCGUCCUGGCUUCCAGCAGCCCAGUCUUCAGGGCCAUGUUUACCAAUGGGCUCAGGGAGUGCGGCAUGGAGACGGUGACCAUCGAAGGCAUUCACCCCAAGGUCAUGGAGCGACUGCUGGAGUUUGCCUAUACGGCUAGCAUCUCGGUUGGGGAGAAGUGCGUCAUCCACGUGAUGAACGGCGCGGUCAUGUAUCAGAUGGACAGCGUGGUGAAGGCCUGCUGCGACUUCCUCAUCCAGCAGCUGGACCCGAGCAAUGCCAUCGGGAUCGCAACAUUUGCUGAGCAGAUCGCCUGUCAGGAGCUUCACGAGAAGGCCCGGGAGUAUAUAUACAUGCACUUUGGAGAGGUGUCAAAACAAGAGGAGUUCUUUAACCUCUCCCGCUGUCAGCUGGUCAACCUUAUCAGCCGGGAUGACCUGAAUGUGCGCUGCGAGUCUGAGGUCUUCCAUGCUUGCAUAAACUGGGUCAAAUAUGACUGUGAGAGCCGGCGGCCCUACAUCCAGGCACUCUUGAAGGCAGUGCGCUGCCAUUCCUUGACCCCCAACUUCCUCAAGCUCCAGCUCCAGCGCUGUGAGAUCCUGCGUGGAGACAGCCGCUGUCAGGACUACUUGUCUCAGAUCUUCCAAGAUCUGACUCUCCACAAGCUCACAAGACCUCAGGAGAGGAGUCCUAAUGUUCCUCAGUUCAUCUAUGUGGCCGGAGGCUACUUCCGACAGUCUCUCAAUUUCUUAGAGGCUUACAGCCCAAUGGAGGGGGAGUGGCUCAGUUUGGCUCCUUUGGAGGUGCCGCGGAGUGGCUUAGCUGGUUGUGUUCUUGGAGGCCUCUUUUAUGCUGUCGGGGGCCGUAACAACGCACCGGACUGCAACGAGGACUCAAACGCCCUGGACUGCUACAAUCCAAUGAACAACCAGUGGUCGCCUUGUGCACCAAUGAGUGUUCCCAGGAACAGGGUUGGCGCGGGUGUCAUAGAUGGACAAAUCUAUGCAGUUGGAGGAUCUCAUGGCUGCCUUCAUCAUAACAGUGUGGAGAGGUAUGACCCAGAGAAAGAUGAAUGGCAGACUGUAUCUCCAAUGAAGACACGGCGGAUUGGUGUCGGUGUUGCUGUACUGAACCGGCUCCUUUAUGCUGUGGGCGGCUUUGAUGGGACAAACAGACUGAACUCUGCUGAGUGUUAUUAUCCAGAAACUGAUGAAUGGCGGGAUAUCGCAUCAAUGAAUGUGGUGCGGAGUGGUGCUGGUGCCUGUGCGCUUGAUACUAGUGUCUACGCCAUGGGAGGUUAUGAUGGAAGAGACCAGCUGAACAGCGUGGAGAAGUAUGAUAUUGAAAGAGACUCGUGGAGCUUUGUGGCACCUAUGGCACACCGGAGGAGUGCGCUGGGGGUCACUGUCCACCAAGGAAAGAUCUAUGUGCUAGGUGGAUAUGAUGGGAACACCUUCUUGGACAGUGUGGAAUGUUAUGACCCAGCCCAAGACACAUGGACAGAGGUGACCCAUAUGAUGUCGGGCCGUAGUGGUGUGGGAGUGGCGAUCACUAUGGAACCUUGCCGCAAAACUCAGUGUGGAAGUAUUUUCCCAGAGCAGCAGAAAGAUGAGACUAGAGACAAACAAAGAGGCAACUGCAUCUUCUCCUCCAUCAGCAAAUAACAUUGUGAGGAUCUCCAUCCACACAUGUAUACAGGGAGGCUUUCUGCAUCCAUCCAUGGAUUAAAUUAUUGCCUGGUAACUUAAAAAAAAAAAAAAAAUUAUUUUGUGGUCACGAACCCAAAUUUUUUUUUAUAACAUGUUUAAUUUCUUUAGCGUCUCUUCCUCUGUUUUACUGAGUGAAGCCAGCGCUGCAGUUUCUUAACCUCCGGUUCUUAACUCGAGUUGAGAAUUUGUACAAAUUAAAAAAAAAAAAAACACUUAAAAAAAAAAAUGUUCAGUGUUAAAGAAAAUAAAGUAGUAACUUUGAUCAUUAUUUUUAUGAAUAGCAGGUAAGUGGCGUGUCUCCUGCAUCACAAGAUACCCAGUGCCAUGUUAGUGGAUUGGACAUUCUUUGUUACUUUGUAAUUCUAUAUUGGGGAGAAAAGAGAAUUUUUCACCAAUAUUGGACACUAUAAGGUUAGAAGUCAAAUAUAUAUUUUUUUUCUCUGCACCCUGAAAAAUUCUGGGGGGGGGACAGUCCACAGGCAGCAGGUCCCAGCACUAGGACCACUUGGAAAUGUUCCUUUUUCCCGCGCAGUCCAGAAUUUUGAUUUAUCGUUGCGGAAACUCUUGACAUGUGCGCGGUGCAGCUUAUUGCAAGCAAUUGGAGUCUGCUGCAAUGGAAUUUACGAGUGGAACUUUUCUAUCAGAAUCUGCUCGGAAAUUCUGCCAUGUGAAUGGGGCCUUAAAGGUCUAUUCACACGUACAGUAUUCUGCGCAGAUUUGAUGCGCAGGAUUUCAAGCUGUGUUCAGUCAUUCAGUUUACACUGAAAUCUGCGCAGAAUACUGUCCGUGUGAAUAGACCCUAAAGGAGAAGUCUCACCUAGAAACAUUUUUCCAUAAUGCCCAGGCUGCAAUAAAAUAAAACCUGACUAACCUGCCUCCGUCUGUGUCCCGGUAUCGCGCUCUGUCCUGCCGU